UAUUGAAAUUUAGGAAUAACAGCUCAUCAUUAUUAGCAGUCUUUUGGCUAGAAAAAUGGUAAUUUUGGACACCUACGAUGGGAGUUCAGCUGUUUGUAUUAUAAUAAUAUAUAAUAUUAUAGCACAUAAAUGAAAAGUGAUGUUACCGUAAUCUAAGUUGCGUAAAACUAUUUAGCAAACAGGUCUGACAAGCAGCCUACUAAUCUCGUGCAGGCUUAGGCGUUCUAAGAUAUGUCAUACAUUCUUGAUUUCUUCGAACCUAAGGCACGAAAAGCAUGCUCGCAAAGUUAUCUAAAGCAGCACCUUUACACUUUGCUUUUUUAUCGCGUUUAUUUUAGCCUGCAAAUGAGUGAAAGUAGUAUUCGAAAUUGUUUCGUUUGUGUCAUCGAAUAUAAGUUGCACCACGGUGUUAUUAGCCUUAAAAGGUUUCAAUCGCAGCAAAAAUUUCUAGGCAUUCGUUUUUUUCAGAAUCGCUCUUAUCAUUACAUGUAUGUAGCUAAUGAGCUGACACGGAUGAUAUCAUUAUACAUAGGUGACACUCACUCAUUAUGAGUCCAAGCGGUUUGUCGACAUAGGCUUGCAGCAGCGGUAGCGAAUGGAUAACGAGGCGCUUGCUUUACUGCACUUUAAGAUUUCACAUACAUUUCAUUCAAGUUUAUUGGAGUUGCCAGACGCGUUUACCUUUCUUAGAUCUAAUAAUGGGCUCACCGGCUACGAUCUCUUCACCUGUAGUCCCUCCAUCGGCAGAAGAACUGUCGUCAUCAGUUGCGAAGUCUGCGCAAAGCAUACGGCCUUUGCCAGCUGCUAAGAAUCCAUUUAACACAGAGGCGCUUUCGCCUUACCCUCUACUAUUGGCGAAGGAUGUCAACUCUUUACGUGACUUUAAAGCAGAUCAACUUCCUGAAGAAAAAAAGUUUUCUCAGAGGUUAGCGAUUGGUAUAGAUCUUGGCACGACCUAUUCGUGUGUGGCCGUUUUCCGCUAUGGCAAGGUUGAAAUCAUCGCUAACGAGCACGGAAACCGAACAACGGCAUCGUACGUUGGCUUUACGGAUGCUGAAAGGAUUAUUGGUGAUACGGCGAAGAAUCAAGUAGCCCUGAAUCCGGAGAACACGGUUUUCGACGCGAAGCGACUCAUUGGCCGACGAAUCGACGAUCCAUCAGUUCAACAUGACAUGAAGCACUGGCCUUUCGAAGUUGCCAACGGGGAUGGGCGUCUUUUAAUCAAAGUGCAAUAUAAGGGCGAGGUGAGAACCUUCUUUCCUGAGCAAAUUUCGUCCAUGAUACUCCAGAAGAUGAAGGAGAUUGCGGAGGCCUAUUUGGGGACCACGAUAGAAAGUGCCGUUAUAACUGUGCCGGCUUACUUCAACGAUUCACAGAGGCAAGCAACAAAAGAUGCUGGAACCAUUGCUGGACUAAACGUACUUAGAAUCAUUAAUGAACCUACGGCUGCAGCGAUCGCGUAUGGACUCGAUAGAGACGCUUCUGGAAACAUUAAGAAGGAAUGCAAUGUGCUAAUUUUCGAUUUAGGUGGAGGCACUUUCGAUGUGUCGAUUCUAUCAAUCGAAGAUGGCCUUUUCGAAGUCAAGUCGACAGCAGGUGAUACUCAUUUAGGAGGCGAAGAUUUCGACAGCCGAUUGAUCAGCCACUUUGUCAACGAAUUCCAGCAAAGAUUCCAGAAAGAUCUUACUACAAAUAAGCGAGCUAUGCGACGCCUGCGUACGGUUUGUGAACGCGCAAAACGAACGCUCUCAUCGGCGACACAGGCAUCGAUUGAACUCGAUUCGCUGCACGAUAGAAUCGACUUCUAUUCGGCUAUUACCAGGACCCGCUUUGAGGAGCUUUGUGGCGACUUGUUCGGUAAAACGAUCACAUUAGUAGAGAAGGCUCUAAAUGAUGCAAACAUGAAAAAGACGGAUAUUCAUGAUGUCGUUGUUGUGGGUGGAUCGACUCGAAUUCCUCGUGUUCAGAAGCUUCUCGAAGAAUUCUUUAGCGGUAAGAAGUUAAAUAGGUCUAUUAAUCCCGACGAAGCUAUCGCUUAUGGGGCAGCUGUACAGGCGGCAAUUCUCAAUGGCGACCACUCGGACGUCUUGAAAGACAUGCUGCUGCUAGAUGUUGUGCCGUUAUCACUUGGCCUAGAAGUGGAUGGUGGUGAAAUGGCGACGCUUAUCAAACGUAACUCCUCCAUUCCAACGCGACGGACCGAGGUAUUUACUACAUGUGACGACAAUCAGACAGAGGUUAAUAUUAGGGUGUUUGAGGGGGAACGUGCGAUGGUCGAAGACAACAAUCUGCUGGGUGAGUUCGACCUCGUUGGCCUUCCGCCUGUCCCAGCUGAGAUGGUCAAAGUAGAAGUGACCUUCGAUAUCGACGCUGAUGGAAUCCUCAACGUCUCAGCUGUCGACAAGUCCACCGGAACAGAAAAUAAGAUUACCAUCACUAACGAAAAGGGACGUUUGUCAUUAGAAGAAAUAGAACGUAUGGUAGAAGAAAGCGCUCAGUUCAAAAAUGAGGACCGAAAAAGGAAAGCUUGUAUUGCUGCAAAAAACGACCUUAAGAGCUAUUGCUCGGCUGUACGGGGAGUGCUUGGGGGCUCUUACGCUCAUAGGAUACCUGAAACGGAUCGAAAGCUGCUGGAAGAGAAGCUGUUUGAUGUAUCCGAAUGGCUCGAGCACAGCCGAUCAACUGAAAAGGAGGAGUAUGAUGAAUAUCGAAGAGACUUUGAGCACGUUGCUAAACCGAUUAUGACAAAGCUUGUCCAAGAUGAAAGUGAAAAUCCUGAAGGCGGUGCCGCCAAUGACGGUGCAGAUGAGUUUUCGGACGACGAUGAAUUUGAUCUUCCAGAACCUUCCAUGAGUCCAUUGCUACUGCGUGCAUGCUGUACGCAUACGGUAUUAGACGUGAAUCAAAUUGAUAGAACAAAUGAGGUAAUAGGCGAUGCUGACGGACCCAGUGUAGAGGAACCCCAGACGAGUGAUCGUGAGUUUCCCGUUCAUUUGGAUGUCGUAAGCAAAUUCGAUUCACAACACGACCUACAGCAAGCGGGAAUAACAACUGUUACCACAGAGGGAACUCCGAGCAGCUCCGGAAUUAUAGAAUAAAUUUUUCUUCAUACCACUUUAAAGCAGGAUAAUAAAAAGCGAAUAUAGGUUGUCAAUAGCUUUUUUGCGAUUUGUCAUGUUUUUGUGAAUAAAUUAUUUUUGCACAGUACGUCGAGAGUCGUUGUCAAUCGUUGCUUCUGGUUGAGUUAUCUUGCGUGGUUGAGUUAUCUUGCGUUGCUUCUGAGUUAUCUUUCAUUGCUUUGCGUUGCUUCUGAGUUAUCUUUCAUUGCUUCUGGUUGAGGUAUCUUUCACAUUUAAUAGGUAUGUUUCUGCUGCCUAACGAUUAACUGUUACUCCACCAGAAACAAUUGUUUCUCCACCAGAAUGAUUACUCGAGAGAAUUUUUUUCCGCUUCCUCACUGUACUCCAUUAUUAAUUCAUCAUUUUUUCCGCCUCCUCAGUCGGCUUCAUCAAUUCAUUAUUAUUAAUAGAGUUAAAUCAUGCAAGGCAUGCGACCAGAUGCAAAGGUAUUGCGCCACUCGAAUCGUCAUACGACGUUGAUUCGUACAAAAAACGAUUCUCUACAAACAAAAGGGGAGAUUAUUAUCUAAGAUAAUUUCGCCAAGACGCCUUUCUUCAGACGCUUUUUGCUGCCCUAUUUAAGCCGACUUCACAUCUCGUCUUGCUAUAGCUGCUUUCAUUUAUCGAAUUAAUUUUAGACAAAUGAAAACAUCGUGCACUGCAUCGAAUCUUGCAGGAACUAGAAGCUGUUCACGAACAACGCAAGAGAGCUCCGUUGUACUUGUCAGCCAUCUUUUGUCAAUCCUUUCGUCGAUUGCGUUUGUUUCUUGGCUCCACCUAUAAACUUCAUUGUUCCAUAUAUAAUCUGUUUUAGUUGCAAUAGUAAGAUAUUUUUUUGAUGAUCCUUUUCUCCGAAUCUUGCUCGCAGCUAAAUGCUGUAUGCAUCAUAAUGAAAAUUAUGUUCCUCUCUUUUGCGCAACCCAUUUGACACACCGAAAAAUAUAUACAUAUUCUUUUACAUGCCGCUUCGAUGAUUUAGUGAAGAUAAAUAUUAAAUAAGAUAAAUGCAUGCACAGUAUUCCAUGGCCUCUACUGUACUAUGACUAACAUGUUCCCAUGGAACCGCUGAAAGGCUUCCACAUUUACAAACAAAGCAAUAAUCAUUUAUUUCUUAGCACUGUUUGUAACGAGAUCGCUAAUAAAUAACAGUUACCAAUUUACAAUUUUUCCUCACGCUCUCCCGUACACUGCCGGAUUCGUUAAGCAGUAAUACUAGUCGAUAUGUUCAUCGUAUUUUUUCUCUCGCCCUUCUUCUGUCGCCGCCUUCUUCAAAGCCUCACUUUCAGAACUUCGUGCGCGGUACGAACCAAUGGUAAUCGCCCUGACCGGCGUCGGCCGCGAGUGCCAAGUACAAGCAGGCCGACUUCACCAUUUCGAACAACAUCCCAGAGCAACCCGGCUUAAAGAAGAAAGGCGAACGUACUCACACCAGUGGCAGUGGACUGCUGGCGUAGAGCAAUGGUAGUCACUCUCACGUAAAGCGAAACGGCCUAGUAUCUAGAUACGUGCCAGUAAAACGGCAGCGACUGGGUCACAACACGAGUCAGUGGAUGCAGAACAGGCAGUGCCGACUGGGGCAGAGGAGAUGUAAAAUAAGGUUCCAUGUAUUAGCUGGUAUUCAUGGUAGUGUCGUUUGCGAUUAGCCGCUGUCAUCCUGAUCAUUCAGCUACUGCCGUUAUUAAUAACAAAUGUGUACAUAGCUGAGGUGACAACCACAGCAUUAGACAUGAUAACGAAAAAGCUAUAACAACGCACCGUUCUUCACUUGCUUGCCAGUUAAACUUCACAGUUUGCCUAAUGAAUCAGAAAAUGUGUUUUUUAAUACCGAAUGUGUUCGAUGUGUUUUCCUAGAGUUGAACUCUCGUGUUUCGUGUUUUAAUUCCCACAUUUAUGCCAGCAUCUAAACUGCGAACGAAUCUGAGGCGGUGCCAUCUGCGAGCUGUGCGCGCAAUGUGCUCUUAACACAUUGUUACACUUGUACCGAACGCGCACCGUAAUACAUGAGCACUGUAGAAUAUUGGCAAGAUAAACUUGAGAAGAGAACUUCGGCUGAGAACGCAUCGGGCGCGGCUUGAAACAUUGUUGUAUAUUCUGUGCGGGCCGAGCAGUACUUUGAAGUAAAAGGCGAUUGUAAAAAUGUAUCGUGGAUUUUCUCGGCAUGGCAGCCCGUUAUGGUUGAAGUUCUCGUCUCUGUUAGUGAUUUUAUGUUCGAUAAACUGGUUUGCAUGCAUCCCGUAUUGCCAAACUCUGGAAAUCUCUGAUGGACUACAAACCGCAAGUUUGACCUCAACAGCGCGAGAAGCGUCUGGACGAGAGAAUUCACUAGCACAGGAUUUCAAAGACUUCAUCGGAGUCUUGUCGGCUCUCCGAGAACAAUUCUGGGAGGCUAUCUUCUCACCCACGGUGCUUGCAAAAGCGAUGCCGAAUAUGGUGAGCUUCCUACCAAACCUAGUGGGUGGUGUUUUAACGAAUAUCCUGGAAUUGGUUAUCGACUACGGGCUGCGACUACUCAAGUGGAUGGAACCAUCCACUGAAACAAUCGAAAUGACCGGACGUUAUUUAAGCGAAAGUGUCCUCGGUAACCUAUUUCAAUGGGACGUCCUGGGUAGCGGUCUCCGUUUAAUGCGCGUUCGAAGAAGCUGCCGCCCGAAGGCUGCUUGUGAAUGCGGUGCUUACGUAUUAAACCAAAAUUAUCGAGUUGCACGCUUUCUAAAUGCCAUGCGUUCGCAUUUAGCCAAUGUAUCCUUUCACUGGCCAGCUAUGAUGAACGGAUUACGAGGAGAGCCUUGCGAAAAAAUAUACUCCAGCUGCCAGGAGAACUUCAUUGGUGCUCAACAUCCAUUGUCGGUAUAGCGAAGAUAACAAGUUGAACUGGACCAAACAGGGCAACAGCAGUGCCAAUUGCUAUAUAAACGACAGCAGUAUACAACACGAAGCGAUAAUACUACUGUAUCCGACUAGCACCUCAGCAUUUGGCGCCGCAAACGGCUCGGGCAGAAGAAGCUAGCUUCUCGCACGUAUACUUAAUAUAAUAAAUAACCUUGAAAAUGCUUGUUCAUUUUAUUAAACUGUGGCAGUGUUGCGAUUUUUUAAAUAAUAGUUUACAAAAUCUCCUUAUAGUAAAAAAGAAAGCACUGAAAAAGGUAAAUAAAAUAUGGGGACGAUGCGAAAGAAUCGAUCGGGAAUCCAUAAUGAUUAAAGAUAUAACUACUAAGAUAGUUAUUUUAUUUAUUUGAUUUUGCUAAUGAACUAUAUUGGAGAUGAGACUAAGUCAGCGGAGCUUCUAGAUGUUCAUUCGUUGUAAGAAAUUGGCAAUAGAAAACGCUUCUUCCACUAUCUCUUGCGCUCUAGUAACGCAAGUCCAGUGUUUAUAAUUUGCUUACAAAUAGUAACUGUAUAGGAUCGCUACGCAGAGCCCAUAGAGAAGGCGUUCACCGAUUAAUACUGAUUUUAGGCGGUGAAUUUUCGAUAUUGAUUAUCCGCAAUUCCGUUCCGUGUGAAGGACCUAUAAUUGCCGUACAUCAGCUCAGCGUGGGAUUGACAUUGGCUAGACUAGUAAAUAGGGUCACAGUUAAUAACUAAUACUACACUCUCCAAUUUUGCUUACUCAAGUAGAAAAGCACCUCAGCGUACAGAUCGAACUAAGUACGUGGUUUUGUAUAUAUGGCUAAGAUAAUAUAUUUAUCUGUAAACACGUAAGGAAAAGUAUGACAUGCGGCUAAGUAGCCUUAUUAUCAUGGUACUGUUUCAAGCGACGUUAAACACGGUAUUUAGACACGUUUGUGCUAUCAGUCAUACCUAUUUUCACAUAGUUCGUCUAAAUAUAUUCCAUGUAACCUUUUUAAAUACAUGGUCCUCGACUGUUUUGUGGUAGGGGUAUAGUUAACUAAUCCUAGCGAUAAUGACAACCGCACUUCGAAGACGAAGGCGACAGCAACCACCGAUUAAGAAGCAAAGUAACAGAAUUUCCUGAUUCUUUUGUCUAAGAUGGCUAUCGAGCAGCUGUUCAGAGAUAUGCAGGCGACCUCAGUCAAUGGUGGAGUCAGUCAGAUGGAAGCAUGACAAAACUGAUUGGCCAGGCUAAUUAACCCAACGAGCCAAACUUUCAUGAUCAACUUGUAUAUACAUAUAUAUUAUGUGAAAGGCGUAGAUAAUAAAAGUU